UAACAUUAGCCCAAACUGAAAUUUUUAAAUAUCACAACAGCAAAACCUGCCUCCAUCAUAAACAAGAUUAAAAGUUUCACCAUGGAUCCAACUUACAUGGAGCUCGAGUUGCCCGGUUUCCGUUUUCAUCCUACGGAAGAAGAGCUACUCGAUUUUUACCUAAAAAAAAUGGUUACUGGGAAGAAUGUGCACAAUAUUAUCGGAUAUCUCAACCUUUACCGCUAUGACCCUUGGGUAUUACCAGGGUUGUCAAAGAUUGGUGAAAGAGAAUGGUACUUUUUUGUGCCAAGAGAUAGGAAGAAUGGGAGUGGAGGGAGACCUAACAGAUGCACCGAAAAUGGUUUUUGGAAGGCAACUGGGUCCGAUCGUAAGAUAUUUAGCUUAUCGGACCCAAAGAAGCUUCUCGGGCUGAAGAAGACUCUGGUCUUUUACCAAGGCAGGGCACCUAGAGGAAGCAAAACAGAUUGGAUUAUGAACGAGUAUCGUUUACCUGAUACUUAUCCAUUAGCCAAGGAGAUAGUUUUGUGUAAAAUAUAUAGAAAGGCAACUUCAAUGAAGGUUUUGGAGGAAAGGGCCGCAAUGGAAGAAGAUAACAAUACACUUCAAGUAACAUCUCCUCUAUCUCCCGAGGAAACCAUCUCAUUUGACACAAAGUCUGACCCAUUUCCGGCGACGCCAAUGGAAUCAUGCCAUGUCGCAUCUGACCAAGACCCGUUACACUUCAUGGACAUGAAACUGAAAAAGGAAUGUCUGCCACCUCUAGAAACGCCAACACAAUCCUCCGAUGUGGCAUCUGACGACCUAUGCAAGACCUUGUUGUUUACGUUUGAUGAGAAACUGAAAGAAGAACCGGAUGCAAUUAGCGAUGCAAACAACAGUGACAAUUAUCGUACUACUAACAAAGUUUCAACUUUAAGAUUACCAACAGGAGAGGGGAUAAUGCAGGAACUGCAAUUGCCCAAAAUGACCACGGAUUGGACCCAAGACUCGUUUUGGACGCAAUUAUGCAGUCCAUGGAUGGACAAUAUAAUGCUGGCUUCUCCUUAUGCUAAUAUUCUUAAUUUCUAAAAGUUCCUAGUAAAUAUAUUGGCUUAAUUGUAGAUUUAUAGUUAGGCUAUAAAUAAAAAAUGGAAGGCCAUUUGUGAACUGAGGUCAUUUCACAGCUUCCUGAUAAUUGUUUGAUUAUUAAUUCAACUGUUAGUGAUAUGUGUAACACACAUUAAACAGUUAGUAAGUAAAACUACUUAUUUGUUUAUUAAUGUUCAGAACUAUUUCAA